AACACAUGACAGUAGGAAUUUGACUCUGGGUCGUCGUCCCCGGUCAGCACCGAAAAUGGGGAAGACAAGAAGAAGUCCGAGUCAGUCACUGACCCAAGCACACAGUCCAAGCAGUCAGUCCCACGCGGGAGGGGGAAUUAAUACUCUUGAGCUUCCCCAUUCAUCUUUGGAUUCACCAAUCGCCGGGAGAGAAGUCGGGGGUAGGGAUGCUGCUGCUGCCGCCGUCACAGCUCCUUACCCCCCAAGGUCCUUCCCAAUUCCCAACUCACCGGAAAUCGAAUUCCAUCUUUAAUACCCUUCUCCCUCUUGUUAAAGCCUCUGGUCCUCUUCCUCCUGGCCUGCUUAGGCUUGCACACUUUACCACCAGUACCAUAUGGAAGCUGAUCACAUGGACAUUGAUGCUCCUGAUCACGAUGACCCUUCUCUUCCCUUCGCCAGAAGUUAUCAACUGGAGGCACUCCAGGUGGCUAUCAGGCAGAACACCAUAUCGUAUUUGGAAACUGGGUCUGGCAAAACCCUCGUGGCCAUCAUGCUUCUACGUUACUAUGCACCUUUUCUGCGGAAGCCUUCUCCUUUCAUCGCCGUUUUCUUGGUUCCUCAAGUUGUUCUGGUCCGGCAGCAAGCUGAGGCUGUUAAAAGUCACAGUGACUUGAAAGUGGGUACUUACUGGGGUGAGAUGGGUGUUGACUUCUGGGAUGCAGCUACUUGGAAGGAAGAAAUUGACAAACAUGAGGUUCUAGUGAUGACGCCUCAAAUUCUGCUUAAUUGCUUGAGACAUAGCUUUUUCAAACUCGAGUUUAUCAAGGUUUUGAUAUUUGAUGAAUGCCAUCACACUGGUGGUAAGCAUCCUUACGCCUGCAUCAUGACGGAAUUCUAUCACAAGUUGGCCUGCAAAAAUUGUGACCUUCCAAGGAUAUUUGGGAUGACAGCUUCUCUUAUCAAAUCAAAAUGUGGAACAUCCGAAUCAGAGUACUGGGAAAAGAUUAAAAAGCUAGAAACAAUAAUGCAUUCAAAGGUUUACACUUGUGUUAGUGAGUCUGCUAUUUCAAAAUACGUACCAAUUUCAACGCCCAAAUUCAGAUUUUAUGAAGCUUUAGAUGUACCGGGUGAUCUAGUUGCUCGCUUACGGUUUGGUCUAAACAACUUGAAAACAAAGCAUGAGAAUUUAUUGACUAAGAUGGAUCUUACUACAACUUCCUUGGAAUCCACGAGGAAAAAACUGACUAGAACUUGUGAGGCAUUGCUAUAUUGUUUAGACAACCUCGGCCUCAUGUUGGCCUCCAAGGCUGCCAAAUUCCUGUCUAGUUGUGAUAGUGAUGGUAUGCUAUCGGAUAAACUGGAUGUCUUUGGUGAGAGAGUUGUUAAAAAGUUCAGUACAGAUGCGUCAAUGGUAUUUCAAAGCUGCAUUUCGACCGAAUGGACCCUUGGUGGAGAUGCAAGAGCUCAUGUCAAGUCUGGAUUUCUAACUUCCAAAGUGGCUUAUCUCAUUCAGUGUCUACUGGACUACAGGAAUUUCAAGGAUAUCAGAUGCAUUGUUUUUGUAGAAAGGGUCAUUACUGCUAUCGUUCUUCAAUCAUUAUUGAGUGAAAUUCUUCCUGAACAUGUUAGUUGGAAGACAAUGUACAUAGCAGGUAACAACUCAGGGUUACAAACGCAGACAAGAAAAACACAGAAUGAAAUCGUCGAAGAAUUUCGCGAAGGCAUGGUAAAUAUAAUUGUUGCUACCUCAAUUCUUGAGGAAGGUUUGGAUGUCCAAAGCUGCAACUUAGUGAUUAGAUUUGAUCCCUCCGCUACUGUGAGUAGCUUUAUCCAGUCACGUGGUCGUGCUAGAAUGGAGAACUCGGAUUACGUGCUAAUGCUCAGAAGUGGCGACAUUUCUGAACAAUGCCGCCUAGAGAAGUAUCUUUCUAGUGGAGAGAUAAUGCGAAGUGAGUCACUUCGACAUGCUUCAAAUCCUUGUCCUCCUCUUGGAAGUGAAUUCUACGACGAAGAGAUUUAUCGGGUUGAAAGCACUGGUGCGGUUGUGACUUCCACAUCUAGCAUUUGCUUGAUACACUUCUAUUGCUCUCGACUUCCUUCAGAUGGGUACUUCAAACCAGCUCCCCACUUUGUUAUAGACAAGGAAACAAGCCGUUGCACACUUUACCUUCCAAAGAGUUGCCCACUGCCACCUGUUUCUGUUGAAGGAGACAUUAAGUCACUGAAGCAGAAAGCAUGUUUGCAAGCGUGUAUAAUGCUCCAUAAGAUUGGUUCAUUAACCGAUAAUCUUGUUCCAGAUACCGUUGCAGAAAAAUUGGAUGAUCGAGGACUUUGCGAAGAAUGCUAUGAUGAUGAAUUUCCUGUUUACUUUCCACCGGAGGCUGUGCGUAGCCAUGAGAGCUGCAGUCAGCCUGGAAGCGAAAAAUAUUACUGCUAUUUGAUUAAACUUUGUCCCCAAUAUGAAAGUCGGACUGCUGUGCAGGAUAUUGUCCUUGUCAUGUGCAGUGAACUUGAGACGGAGAUUGUAAAUUCAAAUUUCAAUUUAGAAGAUGUUAGAGGUUCACUGAAAGCUACCUUGAGCUACAUGGGAUUUCUGGAUCUUACACCAAUGCUGGAUGUUCCAGAUCACUGUUUUUAAUGUUCUUAUACAUCAUAGCUUGGAUAAGCUGAAAGGAAAAAUCCAAGCAUUGAAGCAUUGUGAUCAUCUGGAUUAUUUUGUGCUACCAGCUACUACUUCAGCACAAAAAGCCAGCAUCGAUUGGACAUGUGUUAGAUCUGUACUGUUUUCGUAUAAACAGGCAUGGGAGGAUCAUAAGAAGUACCCCUUGCAGUGCAAUGGUGCUGGUGUGGUUGUAACGACAAAGGACGGACCAGCAUGCAAAUGCAUGCUACAGAAUUCAUUGGUUUACACCCCUCAUAACAGAAAACUGUAUUCUACACUUGGUAUAUCGGAUAAAUUGUCUGGAAAUUCCUUCUUGAGCAUGCGUGAUGGAGCAAGUGUCACAUACAAGGACUACUAUAAAUUCCGGUGAGAAAAUUUUCCUUGUUAUUCAUGUGACACCUUUCAUCAUUCUGCCAUAUGACACUUUGUUGUGAAGGCAACUAAUUUGGAUGUUUUCAGGCAUGGCAUUAAGUUAGACUCUAGCCACCAGCCAUUACUCCAUGCAAGGCAGAUAUUUCCAGUCCAUAAUUGCCUUCUUAGAUGUAAACAACAACGAAAAGAAAAAGGUCCUGCUUCU